AUUCGUUUUUGUGGAAAAACGAAAGUCCUGACAAAAGGCUAAAGUCUAAAGUUUCAACCACAAAUAUUAAUUUAUGAAAAGGAAAUGCCAAGCCGUACGGCAGCCCUGUGUAAUACCAUAUAUAAACUCACCCUUCUUUACGCAUUUCCACAAACUCUAAAUAAGCUUAACAAAUCUUCUGCAGAUAAUUCUGCUUAACUUUUGAAGUUAUCAGCCAGAUUUGUGAAGACCCAAAUUAAUAAUGACGUCACUGUCGAUGCUGCUCCUGCUCUCUCUACUGUUUCAGGCCGUUCUCAUCGUCAAAUGCGACGAUGACGACGAAGACAGGCUCGUCCGAGCAAUCAACCAAUACCGGACAUCCUUAAACCUCACAGCCCUUAACCACAACGAGGGUGCUGAAUGUCUCGCGAGUGAACUCGCAGACGAGUUCAGAGGCCAACCGUGCACAAACACCACCACUGGCUCCAACAUGAUCCCAGGCGUCGAGUCUCAGUUUCCCAACUUCCCGAGGCUCUUGACCGAAUGCCACCUCAGCGCGAACACCACAAGGGAUGGGCAGAUACUGCAUGCAUGCGUACCCGGCCUUGACCCAGCUCUUGUUCUCUCAAAUUUUACCAGUUCUCAGUACGCAGUCUAUUUGAACGGGACCCAGUUCACUGGGAUUGGGGCAGGGUCGGAAGAUAACUGGAUUGUUGUUGUCCUUACCACGAACACGAGUACGGGGGAUUACACGCCCGGUACAAAUGUGGGCAAUACGGUGCCCGGUACCAAUGUGGGUAACAGAGCGCCUGGUAGUGAUGUGGAUAAUGGGGCGCUCGGGCUUGGUGGGCCCGGUUAUUUGGUGGUGUUGAUUCUUGGGCUUUUCAUGUUGCUAUAGAUUGGGUGGAUGAGUAUGUAGAUGUUGGCAAUGGCAUGGCUACUUUUAUGUGUUUUUCUUGGUGAGUUGUUGGAUGUGUUAUAUGUAACCACUGUUGUUGUUGAUGGUUUUGUAUUACUUUUGGGACUCAAUAAUUAUAUCUUAGGUUUUGUUAGUUAAAUUUAUGUUUUGCCUUUCUCAUUAGAUUUGUUACUAACUUUUCUUGCUGAAUGGUGUAGUCUUUAGGAUGUUUGAUGUUUAUCUUGUAUUCUUAGGACUUGUUUGCUUUACAAGAUGGGAUGGGAUAAGAGCAC